AUGGACGAGCUGCCGCCACCCAUCGCACAGUCGAUCAAGAGCGUGGAGGAGGCCAAUUCGGUGCUCUCGGAGCUCGAAAUCCAUCUGCAGGACCAGGCUGAUCGCCUCCUAAAGAAGUCGUACCUGUUGGGCGCCCUCACGGGGUGCGAGGUGGCUCUGCUGUUCUCAUUCAAGGGCCAGGUCAAGAGCUACGCCUCGCCCCAGCUCGAGCCGUUGAUCACGGAGAAGCAGGCGAAGGACCUGUUCACGAACCUGCUCUAUGGCCAGAAGCAGCCUGCUGCUGCCGCCACCGGUGACCAGGCGGCGGCGCCCUCGGCAGACUCGCAGCUGCUCAAGGAGAGCCCCAACGGCCCCGCCCCGACCGUCGGCGCCCCGCUCGUCGUCGACGACGUGACCGAGGAGGAGCUCGACGCCGCCGAGUACCUCGAAGACGACUCCGAACGCGAGAAGGCCUUCAAGUCCCGCUACGUCCAACUGCACAACGACUGCGUGCGAGUGUCGGUGGUGGCCCAUCCGGCGGAGGGCGCGGACGUGUUCCUGCUGGUGGCGACGCCGUCGAACAAAAUCUUCUCCUUCACCACGCCCAAGCUGACCCCCAUGAUCAAGACCCCGAUCGGCCAGAACAUGAUCAAGACCUUCCUCAACGCCAAGCCCGCUCCCGCGGCCGCGACCUCCUCUUCUUGA